UUUCCCACAAUAACUAGCAGUACCGUGUCAUGUUAAAAGCAGAAGCUGAAGCUUAUACACCUACGCGUUUGACGGAAGGAAACGUGGAUCCAAAUACUGUACAAAACGCUAAUUUGCAGUUUCAAAAGGCCAUAACCAAACAAGGAAGAACGAAAACGUUGUUCAUGAAAUGAUAAUUUCCAGCGUUCCCGCCAUAACAUUAAACCUACAACAUCACUCAUCAAAUCCACAUUCCACCUCUAACGAUCCCUACCUUCGUAGAAACGUGAUUUCACUUCUUCUCAAGAACCGCAGGAACCCCAAACAUGUUCAAUCAAUUCACGGCCACGCCAUAAAAACAGGAACUUCACAAGACCCUUUUGUGGCCUUCGAACUUCUUCGGCAAUAUUGCAAGCUGAACUCCAUCGAUCAUGCCACCAAGCUCUUCUACUACACCCAAAACCCAAAUGUGUACCUUUACACUUCCCUCAUUGAUGGGUUUGUGUCCUUUGGCUCUUACACAGAUGCCAUCAACUUGUUUGGCCAAAUGGUUCGUGGGCAUAUUUUGGCUGAUAGGUAUGUAGUCACUGCGGUGUUGAAAGCGUGUGUGCUUCAACGAGCCUUGGGAAGUGGCAGAGAGGUUCAUGGGCUUGUUUUGAAAUAUGGGUUGAGUUUGGAUAGGUCCAUAGCGCUGAAGCUGGUUGAAUUGUAUGGGAAAUGUGGGAUCCUGGAGGAUGCGUGGAAGGUUUUUGAUGAAAUUCCUGAACGGGAUGUUGUAGCGAGUACCGUUAUGAUGGGUUCGUGUUUCGACUGUGGGAUGGUUGAGGAGGCGGUUGGGGUGUUCAAUGAGAUGAGGAGUCGGGACACGGUGUGCUGGACAUUGAUGAUUGAUGGGUUGGUAAGGAAUGGGGAGUUCAAUAGGGGGUUGGAGAUGUUUAGGGAGAUGCAAGUAAAGGGUGUGAGGCCAAAUGAGAUUACCUUUGUUUGUGUCUUGUCUGCGUGUUCACAGUUGGGAGCUUUGGAACUCGGGCGAUGGAUUCAUGCAUACUUGGGCAAGUGUGAUAUUGCGGUUAACUGGUUUGUUGCCGGCGCUUUGAUCAACAUGUAUUCGAGGUGUGGUGACAUAGAUGAGGCACAUGUUUUGUUUGACGGGGUGAAAGUGAAGGAUGUGUCAACUUAUAAUUCCAUGAUCGGGGGAUUGGCCAUGCAUGGAAAGAGCAUUGAAGCGGUUCAGUUGUUUAGGGAAAUGCUUACGCAGAGGGUUAGGCCAAACGGUAUAACAUUUGUUGGGGUUUUGAAUGCUUGCAGCCAUGGAGGGUUGGUGGAUUUGGGUUGUGAGAUAUUUCAAUCAAUGAAAAGGGUUCAUGGGAUUGAACCAGCAGUAGAACACUACGGCUGCUUGGUUGACAUUCUUGGCAGGGUAGGUAGGCUUGAAGAGGCCUUUGACUUCGUUCUGAGGAUGGGAGGACAAGCUGAUGAUAAAAUGCUUUGUUCUUUACUUAGUGCUUGUAAAAUCCACAGAAACAUAGAGAUAGGAGAAAAAGUUGCAAAUCUUUUGAGUGAACAUUCUGGGAUAGAUUCCGGAUCAUUCAUCAUGCUGUCGAAUUUCUAUGCUUCCUUGGGAAGAUGGAACAAUGCUGCAGAAGUUAGAGAAAAGAUGGAGAAGAGAGGAAUGAUAAAGGAACCAGGGUGUAGUUCUAUUGAAGUUAAUAAUGCAAUUCAUGAGUUUCUUUCAGGAGACCUUAGACACCCUGAGAGGAAAAAGAUCUACAAAAAGUUAGAGGAGUUGAACUAUUUGGCAAAGUUGGAAGGUUAUUCACCAGCAACUGAGGUGGCUUUACAUGAUAUUGAUGAUGAACAAAAGGAAUUGGCUUUGGCUGUACAUAGUGAGAGACUUGCAAUAUGCUAUGGACUAAUCUCAACUCGACCUUUCACAACACUUAGAGUUGGGAAAAAUUUAAGAAUAUGUGCUGAUUGCCACGCAAUGAUCAAGCUCAUUGCGAAGAUUACUAGGCGAAAAAUUGUGGUUAGAGAUCGCAAUAGAUUCCAUCAUUUUGAAAAUGGAGAUUGUUCUUGUGAUGAUUACUGGUGAAUAAUACUGAUUUUAGUAUAUAUUAGACGCAUAAUGAUUGAAACCUAGAAUUUGUUAAUAUAUCAUCCAUCUGUUUCGAUUUGACAGAAUUAUAUUA